AUGUCGAAUCCGUCUAACAACAGCCCGAGGCGGCACGAAGAGUACACCGUCGCGGUGAUCUGCGCCAUCGGCUUCGAGAUGGCCGCCGUCCGCUACAUGCUGGACCGCGAACAUCCCCGCCUCCCCCCCAAGCAAGGUGACUCCAACAUGUACGUCCUCGGCGAGCUCAGCGGCCACAACGUCGUCCUCGCCUGCCUUCCGGGCAACCAGGGAAAGGGCGCGGCCGCGGUCGUCGCUACGAAUAUGGCCCGCACCUUCCCGUCCAUCGAAUGGCGGUUUCUCGUCGGCAUCGGAGGCGGCGUGCCCAGUGACAAACACGACAUCCGCCUGGGCGACGUGGUGAUCAGCAUGCCCGAGGGCCAGUACGGCGGCGUGGUCCAGUACGACUUAGGCAAGGAUACUGAGGACGGCCUCCGGUUGAAGGGGUUCCUGUGGCCUCCGCCGGCAACCUUGAGGGGCGCCGUCGAGCUGAUGCGGUGCGACCACCUGACGGCUGAGAACAAGGUGAAAGAGUUCUUAUCCCAGAUGUUACGAAAGGGACCGCGGCUUUCCGUCUACCAACGCCCGCCUGCCGACCAAGACGUCCUCUUCAACGCAGACUACCCCCACGUCGCGAGCCGCUCUGCAUGUGAGAACUGCGACGGGACAAAGGCCAUCAGCAGGCCGCCCCGGCCAUGUGCAGGCACCGAGGUGCAUUACGGACUGAUCGCUUCCGGAGAUCGAGUCAUGAGGAGCGCGGCAAAGAGGAACGCGACCGCCUAUGACGUAGGCGACAUACUCUGCUUCGAGAUGGAGGCGGCCGGGAUCGCGACCGAGUACUCCUGCAUCGUCAUCCGCGGCAUCUCCGACUAUGCAGACUCUCACAAGAACGACAGCUGGCAGCGUUAUGCCGCGGCGGCCGCCGCGGCCGCCGCCAAGGAGCUGCUCUCGUACGUCACUCCGGAGCAGCCUUUAGACGAGGCUAUGCCUGCGCCGCCCGGCCAAGGCGCGCUACCCGGUCGCAACGAGCCAGUCAGCCAAUUAUUGUCUGGGCAGGGUUUUCAGGCCGCUGGGCCUGUCACAGUUGGAAGGGACUUCAAGUUUGCCCAGCAACCAGACCAAGAUGCUUGUCUGACGCAUUUGCGCAUUGCUGAUCCCCGCGACGAAAAAGCGCGCAUUGAGGACACAAAAGGCGGCCUGUUCAAGGAUUCAUACCGCUGGAUCCUCGGCCAUGACGAUUUCCUGCGAUGGCGUAAAGAGAAACAAAGCCGUCUGCUCUGGAUCAAGGGUGAUCCCGGCAAGGGCAAGACCAUGCUGCUCUGCGGCAUUGUGGACGAGCUGAGAGCCGGGACAAAACUUGCAGACAAGAAGCAUUUCUUCUUCAGCCGGAAGUCUACGACGCUGCUGUCCUACUUUUUUUGCCAGGCCACCGACCCGCGUAUCAACAGCGCUACCGCCGUACUGCGGGGGCUGAUCUACCUGCUCGUUAGGCAACAGCCGUUGCUUCUCUCUCAUGUGUGGGAUGAAUACAAGGUUACAGGCAGGGCAUUAUUCGAGGGUCGCGACCAAUGGGUCACAUUAUCGCGGAUCUUCACCAACAUCUUGCGCGAUGCCUGUGUUGGGAGGGCCUACUUGAUCAUCGACGCCCUUGACGAAUGCGAGACCGGCCUAGAGCAGCUUCUGAAGCUCGUCGCCCAGAGUGCGUCGUCGCCCCGCGUCAAGUGGAUCGUGUCCAGCCGGAACAGGCCCGAUAUCGAACAGCACUUGAAGCUUGACGCACAGAUGACGCUGAGCCUUGAGCUGAAGCACAAUGCAGAGUCCGUGUCCCGGGCUAUCGAGCUAUACAUUGACGACAAGGUGUCCCGGCUCCAGUCCUUGCAAGACCAUUCGCUCCGGAACCACGUUCGACACGUUCUCCGCCGCAAAGCUGAUGGCACGUUCCUCUGGGUCACUCUCGUCAUCCAGGAACUUGAAAAAGCCGACAGCUGGGAGGUACUAAAGGUAGUCGACGCUAUGCCGAAAGGCCUAGACGAGCUGUAUACCCGAAUGAUGGAUCAGAUCCAACAAAGAAAGGACCCUGAGUUCUGUCGGCUUGUCCUUUCAGCAGCUACUCUGGCUUAUCGACCGCUUCAUCUACUUGAGCUAGGUGUGGUAUCGGGACUACCAGCUGCAAUUGCAAGCAGUGCCGAAAAUGUCCAGAAAAUCGUAAAGAAGAGCGGUUCAUUUCUUACUGUGCGAGAAGGCCUAGUCUUCAUCAUCCACCAGUCGGCGAAGGAUUAUUUGCAGAGAAACCCUCCCCAGCCAGACCCGCUGGCUCCAAUACGGUACUCCUGCGUCUUCUGGGCCGACCAUCUCUCCCUGAACGGGGACGCCCCCGAGUGCAAGAAAGCUCUGACGGACGAUGGAGCAGUGUUUAAAUUUUUGAAGGAGCGGUUCCUCUGCUGGCUCGAGAGUCUGUCUCUCCUCGGAAAACUCUCAGAUGUGGUGUCAUCGAUGAGAAAGCUUCUGCAGGUUGUCCAGACGUAUGGCUCUGCACUUGUGUUUAGUCCAGCAAUGAGCGAGGUCAGAUGUACGCAAUGGAAGGAAAGGCUGUCGUUUAUCAAAGUGGCUGCAGGUAUUAGAGACCACUGGGACGCGCACCAGCAGACGCUCGAGGGGCAUAGCUAUUGGGUCAGGGCCGUCGCCUUCUCGCCGGACGGCAAGACGUUGGCAUCAGCUUCACACGAUCGCACAGUCCGGCUCUGGGAUGCAGCGACAGGCGCGCACCAGCAGACGCUCAAGGGGCAUAGCGAUUGGGUCAGCGCCGUCGCCUUCUCGCCGGACGGCAAGACGCUGGCAUCGGCUUCACACGAUCUCACAGUCCGGCUCUGGGAUGCAGCGACAGGCGCGCACCAGCAGACGCUCAAGGGGCAUAGCGAUUCGGUCAGGGCCGUCGCCUUCUCGCCGGACGGCAAGACGCUGGCAUCGGCUUCAGACGAUCGCACAGUCCGGCUCUGGGAUGCAGCGACAGGCGCGCACCAGCAGACGCUCAAGGGGCAUAGCGAUUGGGUCAGCGCCGUCGCCUUCUCGCCGGACGGCAAGACGCUGGCAUCGGCUUCACACGAUCUCACAGUCCGGCUCUGGGAUGCAGCGACAGGCGCGCACCAGCAGACGCUCAAGGGGCAUAGCGAUUCGGUCAGCGCCGUCGCCUUCUCGCCGGACGGCAAGACGCUGGCAUCGGCUUCAGACGAUCGCACAGUCCGGCUCUGGGAUGCAGCGACAGGCGCGCACCAGCAGACGCUCAAGGGGCAUAUCUAUUGGGUCAGGGCCGUCGCCUUCUCGCCGGACGGCAAGACGCUGGCAUCGGCUUCAGACGAUCGCACAGUCCGGCUCUGGGAUGCAGCGACAGGCGCGCACCAGCAGACGCUCAAGGGGCAUAGCUAUUCGGGCGCGCACCAGCAGACGCUCAAGGGGCAUAGCGAUUGGGUCAGCGCCGUCGCCUUCUCGCCGGACGGCAAGGACGCUGGCAUCGGGCUUCACACGAUCUCACAGUCCGGCCUCUGGGAUGCAGCGACAGGCGCGCACCAGCAGACGCUCAAGGGGCAUAGCGAUUCGGUCAGGGCCGUCGCCUUCUCGCCGGACGGCAAGACGCUGGCAUCGGCUUCAGACGAUCGCACAGUCCGGCUCUGGGAUGCAGCGACAGGCGCGCACCAGCAGACGCUCAAGGGGCAUAGCGAUUCGGUCAGCGCCGUCGCCUUCUCGCCGGACGGCAAGACGCUGGCAUCGGCUUCAGACGAUCUCACAGUCCGGCUCUGGGAUGCAGCGACAGGCGCGCACCAGCAGACGCUCAAGGGGCAUAGCGAUUCGGUCAGCGCCGUCGCCUUCUCGCCGGACGGCAAGACGCUGGCAUCGGCUUCAGACGAUCGCACAGUCCCGGCUCUGGGAUGCAGCGACAGGCGCGCACCAGCAGACGCUCAAGGGGGCAUAUCUAUUGGGUCAGCGCCGUCGCCUUCUCGCCGGACGGCAAGACGCUGGCAUCGGCUUCAGACGAUCGCACAGUCCGGCUCUGGGAUGCAGCGACAGGCGCGCACCAGCAGACGCUCAAGGGGCAUAGCUAUUCGGUCAGCGCCGUCGCCUUCUCGCCGGACGGCAAGACGCUGGCAUCGGCUUUCAGACGAUUUGCACAUCCGGCUCUGGGAUGCAGCGACAGGCGCGCACCAGCAGACGCUCAAGGGGCAUAGCGAUCCGGUCAGGGCCGUCGCCUUCUCGCCGGACGGCAAGACGCUGGCAUCGGCUUCAGACGAUCGCACAGUCCGGCUCUGGGAUGCAGCGACAGGCGCGCACCAGCAGACGCUCAAGGGGCAUAGCGAUUGGGUCAGGGCCGUCGCCUUCUCGCCGGACGGCAAGACGCUGGCAUCGGCUUCAGACGAUCGCACAGUCCGGCUCUGGGAUGCAGCGACAGGCGCGCACCAGCAGACGCUCAAGGGGCAUAUCUAUUGGGUCAGGGCCGUCGCCUUCUCGCCGGACGGCAAGACGCUGGCAUCGGCUUCAGACGAUCGCACAGUCCGGCUCUGGGAUGCAGCGACAGGCGCGCACCAGCAGACGCUCAAGGGGCAUAGCUAUUCGCCGAGUUAUCGCCAUAUUGGGGACCCCGAGUCGUUGCGACCUUCACCCGGUACCGCUGCAUUACUCGGUGCCGCUGCAUCAGGCGACCCCGAGUUCAGAAUUGCCAAUCGUCACCACUGUGAACAGUCUGUGAUGUUUAGAUUGGUGGGCGUCGCCCACCCCCACACCUCAAGGGGACAGACCAUGUCUGUGGCGACAAAUGCGGCCUCGCCCGCGCCUCUCUCUCGGCCCACGACAUCGCAAUUGACCAGGCGCAAGUCCUCCAAAGAUCGCAUUCGGGAUAUUCUCGAGGGCGCCCGCGAACGAGCCGAAUCCCUCGACCCCGAUUCCGCCAACGUCGGUCCCAAGCUCCAACCUCUCCUCGAGCGCUCGCGCAGAGCCAGCGACCCUUGCGGCUCGGGCUCACUACCAGAACGCAACGGCAAUGGACACGGCGUAGUGACCUCCCAGCCGGAACGGCAGCGGACCCUCAACUACCAGAGCACGGCCGAGACGAGCCCCGCGCGCAGGAGAUCGGCGCUGAGCAGGAAAUCGUCAGGGCAGUACCGGGGGCCGCAGACGCCCGGGCGGGACGGUGGUGAUAGCGGGCCACGGGAACGGCCCAGGGCGGACCGGGAGGAGCCCGGGUGGAAGCGCACGCUGCGCUACUUCAAGAGCGUCGAGCUCGAGAAUAAGGGCAGUGUUGCGCGGGACCACUUGGCGCUGGCGUUUGCCUCAAUCGGCAUCGCCGUAACGCAGCUGUUUCGCCUCAACACGUCGCUGGCCGAGGAUAGCAAACAGGCCGACCGCCUGCGACACAUGGGCAAGCCUCUUGGGACAGCCUUCUUGGCGGUCAGCAUCUUGAUCUUGCUGCUCGGGUAUAACAGGUACCUGCAGGGUCAAAAUUGGGUGAUCAAGGGCAAAUUCCCAGCCAGUAGGGGGACCAUCAUGCUGGUGGCCUUGAUAGCGUUUACGGUGACACUAGCCUCCCUGAUUGUCAUUCUUACGGUGCAGAAUGGCCAGACGUGA